ACCACACACAGUCAAUCGUGUUCUGUUAUCGAAAUCGUUUCUCAACUAAAAUCACUCUCUAUUUACUCUCCAUUCGUCACUGUGCUGUUGCUGACUCUGCACUGUGUUCCUGUUGAACAUUUUCUGAUUAUUACUUUUAGUCUGAACAAAAUUUCUCGUUUUUAGUUUUGUUACAAAACACUGGCUGCAUCCAGCAUAAUAUUCAGAUUUUGUUUUCGUUUUAAUUUUGUUUUUAUUUGCUUAUUUGUUUUAAAGUUCACGUAGAUAAUUUUAACAAGUCGAAUGUUUCGUGGAAGAAAUACCAAAACGGAUCACACUAUGAGGUGGCUUUUUCAACUAAUCGUAUUGAUGGUUAUCCUAGCUGUAAACGACGUUCGAUGUGCCAGUACAAUGGAAAAUGCAACAAUAAAACCGGCUGCAGAAAAAAUUACGGUCAUAUCGUGCACAUUGACCAACAUAACGGAUUCACAGCCGGUGAAACCAUCGUCCUGUUAUCAGCGCAUCACUUAUCUGUUCAUCAAAAAUUCUCGUAUCUCGGUGUUCCCGCACAUUUUCGAUUAUUUCCCAAAUCUGCAGAGUGUGGACAUUUCUUCGGCAGGAGUUGAGCACAUUGAAAGUACAACAUUCGAUUCGGCUACCCAUUUGGACGUGCUGGAAAUGGGAAACAGUAAUAUGCAAACGCUGCCCAACAAUCUGUUCACACACGUUAACAACUUAACCAGCCUGGAUCUGUCGAACAGUAGCAUCGAGAUCGUGGAACAGUUUGCGUUCCACGGACUGUCCAACCUGAAACGAUUGGAUUUGUCUGGUAAUAAGAUCGUUUCGCUGGAUCGUCAACUUUUCCUGCCAUUGAGCCGUCUGCAAAGUAUCCGUUUGAGUAACAACAAAAUCCAAGUGAUCGAUAGAGAUCUGUUCAUGCACAACAGUCGAUUAAUGUCUGUGUACCUAUCCAGCAACGAUAUCAUCAGCGUCGAUCCGAACGCGUUCAUGAACUGCAUAUUGGUGUCGUUGGAUUUGGGAUCGAAUCAGCUGAACGAUCUGGAUCUGACCACAAUUAAAUAUUUGAAGGAGCUGAUCGUCAACGACAAUCAGUUGCACGUACUCAGGAUACCGUCCGUCACCGAAAAGAUCGAGGCCAAGAACAACAGCAUUGUCGCAAUUGAGUCGGAUGAGACGAAUAAACUGGUGCAGCUGUACCUAUCGGCUAAUCACUUCACGAAUUUUUCGAGUUUGACCAUUUUGAAUAAGCUCCAGUUCCUCGACCUGUCGGCCAAUCACAUCCGGAAUUUCGCAUUUUCCGAUGUAAAAGCUCUGACGCAACUGAAAGAGCUGCAACUCUGCCGAAAUAAAUUACCCGAAAUCAAAGUGGAAGAUGUGGUCACCAAUCUACCGAAACUGAAAAUUUUGGAACUGUCCACGAAACACUGGUCCGAUUCGUACGUCGAGCAAUUGCAAACCGAUCUGAAAGGCCACGGCAUCUACUUGGGACAAAAUCGCGACGUCCUUCCCGACGAUGAUUCGCCGGUUGUGCCCACCAUUCGGCCGACACCAGUUCCAUCACGAACAACCGUCAAUCCGGCAUUUACCACACCGAAUUCCGGCAACGUUGAACCGCUGCUGAAGGAAAUCCAAAAGCAACUGAGCGAUCUGGAGUAUCGAAUGGGUGCGAAUGCAGCGGCUGAUAGUAAGAAAAUGGACAGGCAAUUGGCUGGUGUGGAGGAUAAGCUGAUGAAAUCGAACGAGGCUAACGAUGCCAAAUUGGAGGUGUUACGAUCGUCGUUUAAAGUCUACGAAGUGUUGGUCAUCAUAAUGGCCGUUUGUGUAUUCGUUUUCCUGUUGUUUAAAUUGGUCGUGUACUCGAAACGAAUGCUGAAUGGUAUGCAAUAUCGGCGAGCGCAGUCAAGCGAUCCAAUUUUUAGUGAGCAGGAUCUUUAGGUUGAUGUGCUUGUUUGUUUCAAUUUCUUAGUUUAAGCUUAAGUUUUGUUAUUGCCUUUAAAGAUUUAUGCCAAAAAAAAAAUGGGGAGGGAGAAAAGAGCUUUACUUUUCGCAGAUCGGGCUCGUAUACAGUAUAAAGUCGCUGUGAUGUUAACUCAAAUUGUAAAUCAUUUACCUAAUGAAAAAUGUUUUCAUUUGAUUGAUUGAUUGAAAUAAAAAUUU